CAGGAGCUUACCCCAAGUCACGCAGACACUUCACUUGCUACCAACUCUACAGGUGGAGGUUCACGAAGGGAGACAUGAAGGGCUGGGUGUCUCUCACAGUUUACGCUCUCCUGCUUCUGCUGAUGCUUUCAUUCUUCGUAGAAUCUCGACACCUUCCCCAGGACCAGGUUCAGAGACGGAAUUGGACACCUCAGGCUAUGUUAUAUUUGAAAGGCGCACAGGGACGUCGAUUGAUCGCCGAGAACGGAAAAGCUGGAGCCCUUUAUGAAACCUUAGGUCUUGAAACUAGAAGUGAAAACUCUAACCCCUUAACCCUUUCACAAGCAACUGCUAUGGUGAUGAAUUUGAUCGGACAGGCACAAGAUAAGUAUGUUUGGCAACUUUCUUGCAGGUUCAAGUAUUACUGUACGAGUCGGAGAUACGGAUAAGUUACCAACAUAGAAAGUUUCUAUUAAUUAU